AUGACUAAAGCUGAGGAAAGACGAGUAACGAUCUACCUGUCGGGGGUAUCUGGAGAUAUCCAUUGUAAUUUUGAGUUUGGUAAACUGUGUGAAGGCUGGUCUCAAGGAGUUGAUGGAGCCGAGGACGAUUUUGAUUGGUUAAUAUGGAACGGUCAUGACCCUUCCCAAGAUUCCUCUUCAGUUCCGGGUUACACCAUGGAUUAUACCCUGUCCAAAAAUAAACAAGAGCGAGCCAUGUUUGGAACACCAGUAUUACAGCCAGUAGGUGGCGUGGUGAAUGCAAGUUUCUGGUUCCGGUUAAAUGGUAACGAUGUCCGCCAUCUUAAUGUUUACGUCAGAGAUCUGUCAUUAGGGUCGGCUGCUAAAAAAAUCUGGUCGGCAGACGGCUCUCAAGGCGAGGCUUGGCAUUAUGUAGAUUUAGUUUUUGAUGUCAUGGGACCUUUCAGAGUAUUAUUUGAGGCGACUAUCUCGGGGUAUGAAUCUGAUAUUGGAGUAGAUGAUAUUUACAUUCAAAAUGCAGAUCGAUUGCCGGAUAUCGAUAAUUUGUGGGGAAAUAAAAUCAAUCCAGAUUUACAUGCGUCGAUAGAUAUACCAACCCAGGCUCCUGUGAUCCCGGUGAAUGCUGGGACACUCGGUGGCGGAAGUAGUGACCAUUCCUCGUGGAUAGCAGAAUAUUUACCCAUAAUCCUCGCCGUUAUAGGUGGCUCCAUCUUUUGGAUUGGAAUUAUCGUCAUUAUAAAAUGUUACGUCAGAAAACGCAGACGGCGAAAAACGCGGGAAAGAAAUUUGAAUGUGUACAGACGUGAGGAUACGACGUAUUCCGUUAGUAGCCAAUCAGAUGACGAGAUUUACACACUUCCGGUUCCGCCGGAUAUACCUGCCCACGAAACUAUUACAAUUUCCCGAGAAAACCAAUUUUAUGACACUAGGAAUUUAAGAUUUCCAAAAUAUGGCUUUAGUGAUUAUUCUUCAGCAAUGGAAUCAGAUUUUAGGUGA